AUGUCGAAGAAGGUGAAGCUCGGGGCUCCUGAAGAGAUCUUCGACUUGCCGGGCAACAAGGAAUGCGCAGAUUGCACCGCCUAUGGGCCGAACUGGGCCUCGUGGAACCUGGGCAUUCUCAUUUGCGAGACAUGCGCCGGAAUGCACCGAAACCUCGGGACGCACAUUUCGAAGGUGAAAUCGACCACCAUGGACAAGUGGAACGAGGAACAGGCGGUCCCCUGCCGCAACAUCGGGAACUUCAUGUCCAAUAGCUUCUACGAGUACAACCUGCCGCCCAAGACCAAAUACGUUACGAGCGUGAAGAGCUCGGGAGGCGACAAGAUUGACACGGGAGAGGCUCGAAAGCUGGAACGAUGGAUCCGUGCCAAAUAUGAGGCCAAGAAGUACUCGCAGCCUGGUGUCGAUCCUCCGCACGUCCGUUUGGCUCGAGGAGAAUCUCUUCGUGAAGCUCCAAAGGAGGAGAAGCCAGUUGAGGAAAAGAGUGCUUCGAAGAAAGACAAAGAGAAGAAGGAAAAGACUGACAAAGGCGACAAAAGCCCUUCAAAAAAGGAUGGGAAAGAGAAGAAGGAAAAGGUUAGCAAGAAGGAGAAGAAGGAUUUGGACAGAGAGGUCACACCUGCUCCAGCGGUCAAGGAGGUAAAGAGAAGCAGGAAAGAGAAGAAAGAGAAGAAAUCUCAAGAACUCGAGAGCUCCUUCGCAGAGCUGGAGACUUGGGCCAUGACGAGUUCGAAGGAGAAGAAGAGUCGCAAGAAGAAAAAGAAAGAUGAGGCCGGCGAGAGGCACACAUCAGACAUGGCAUGA